AUGGACAAGUCAAUCGUCCACGACAAUCAGACUAUUCGCAAAGCCCUUAAUGGUACGAAGAGAGAUGAAAAUGGCACCGAAACGAUCAACCCUCCCUCGGGCCUCAAAUUGGGGCUCAUCUUUAUGGCUCUUUGCUUGACGGUUUUCUUGGUCGCCUUGGACCAAACGAUCAUAUCCACCGCCAUCCCGACCAUCACCUCUCAAUUCCACAGUGUAGAAGAUAUCGGAUGGUAUGGCAGCGCUUUUCUCCUCACGACAUGCAGCUUCCAGCUCUUCUUCGGGAAGCUCUACACUCUCUUAUCCAUCAAAUGGACUUUUGUUGGCGCAGUAUUGAUCUUCGAAAUUGGCUCGGCCAUCUGCGGCGCCAGCCCGAAUUCCGUCGCCCUCAUCGUUGGACGAGCUGUGGCGGGAAUUGGAGGUGCCGGCAUCUUCUCCGGCGCAUUGAUUAUCAUUGCCAAAUCAGUUCCCCUCGCGAACCGACCAGCCUUCACAGGAGUCAUUGGGGCCGUGUGGGGUAUCGCGAGUGUUGUUGGGCCCUUGCUAGGAGGCGCUUUCACCACUCAUGUCUCCUGGCGCUGGUGCUUCUAUGUCAAUCUCCCUGUCGGCGCGGCUGCCAUCCCGCUCAUCAUCUUUUUUCUUCCUUCGCAAGACCCACGAUCACAACCACUGCAAACCUUUCGGGCUACAUUACGCCAAUUUGAUCCGAUUGGGACCCUUCUCUUUGUGGCAAGCGUGAUAUGCCUUCUGAUUGCGCUUCAGUGGGGAGGCAGCCAGUACCCUUGGAGCGAUGGUCGGAUAAUUGCUCUGUUGACUGUAUUCGGAAUACUUCUUAUUGUUUGGGUCGGAGUCCAAUGGCAAGGGGGUGAUAAUGCCACAGUACCACUUCGAAUUCUGCGACAACGUUCCGUCGCAUUCUCGACGUUGUACAUCUUUCUGGGAAGCGCAUCGUUUGUUCUGCUCAUCUACUACCUGCCAAUUUGGUUUCAAGCAAUUAAAGGUGACACUGCAGACCAGUCCGGAAUUCAUAGCCUACCAACAGUUUUAAGUGUUGUGGUGUUUGCCAUCGCGGGCGGACUGAGCGUCACUUUCGUGGGAUACUAUACCCCAUUCAUGAUCGUAGGAUCAAUGGUCAUGGCGAUUGGUGCAGGCCUGCUUCUCAUGUUUAGAGUGCAUACUCCACUCGCUAUGUGGUUGGGGUUUCAAAUCGUUUUCGGUGCCGGAGCUGGGAUUGGACUAGAGCUCCCAAACAUCGCCGUGCAGACUGUUCUCUCUGAGAAGGAUGUCUCGAUCGGGACAUCAUUGGUGAUUUUUGCUCGCUCUCUCGGGGGCGCCAUAUUUGUCUCGGUGGGACAAAAUAUCUUCAGCAACCACAUUGUCUCUGGCAUGCUUGUCAGAGUUCCAGAGCUUGAUCCGUCGGUCGUCCUUCAGGCUGGAGCGACUGAGUUACAGCAGAUAUUGAAGCAAUCGGGUUUGAGGGAAACGGACGAAGUGCUUGCUCUGAUCUUGGAAAUUUACAAUGACGCCAUAGUCCGGACAUUUGUGAUCGCGUUGAUCCUGGCCUGCAUCUCGAUCCUAGGUGCAAUUGGCGUCGAAUGGCGAACAGUGAAACACCCUUCACAGAGUGAUGGUUCUGAGCGGACGGGGCCUUGA